GUAUAGACAUAGAGCCGAAGGAACACAGUCCGCGGAAAGCGUUACGAGUGCUUUGGAUUUCGAUCGAUUGCUCGAUAGUACUUGAUCGAAUUCAAGAUGAUAGUGGAAUGGAUCUUGGACGCGAUAAAGGACAUCAAAAUCGCUAUCAUUCUUUUAACGUUCAUAGCUGUUUUGAUGAUAGUGAAGCAAGUGUUUUUCAAUUCUUUGCCACCCGGUCCGUGGGGGAUGCCGGUCGUCGGCUAUCUGUUCACCAUCCAGAAAUCCAAACAACCCUUACAUCUGCAAUACUGUAAACUGGCAAAACAGUACGGGUCCAUAUGCAGCUUCAAACUUGGCCAUAAACUGAUCGUCAUUUUAAGUGAUUUUAAAAUCAUAAAAAAAACAUUUGGUAGCGAUGAAUUCAGCGGCAGACCGCACACCAGGUUCAGCGACAUCCUCGGCGGAUAUGGCAUCGUCAACACAGACGGUGAAUUGUGGAAAACAGAAAGAAAAUUUCUUCACCGAAAGUUGUUUGGCAUGUUCAGUAAUGGCAAGCAAAAUUUUGAAGAGAAGAUUACGUCCGAGGUCACAUUGUUUAUACAAUGGUGUGCGAGUCGACACGGACGUUCCACAAAUAUCUCGUAUUCCCUCGGUAUGUCGAUCAGUAACGUGAUCUGCAAUCUCAUAAUGGGAGUGCGUUUCCAUCGCGACGACUUGCGAUUCAAAAAAUUCAUGAGCCACAUCGAGGAGGGAUUCAAGCUCUUUGCCAAAGUGUCGGCCGCCAACUAUAUGCCGUUUAUGGAAUGCUGGCCUUCCGUGAAAGAAGUUCAAAAGCAGAUCUCGCAGAAUCGGAUGGAUAUGGCACAAUUCUUUCAAGAUACUAUCGAUGAGCAGAGAAGGACCUACAACGAAAAUACCACGCGUCAUCUCGUGGACAAUUAUUUGACCGAGAUUGAACAAGCCAGGAAUGAAAAUCGAGAGAAAAAGCUUUUCGAAGGAAAAAAUCAUGAUCGUCAGAUGCAGCAGAUUCUGGGCGAUCUCUUCUCCGCCGGGAUGGAAACUGUGAAAACUACUCUGGAAUGGUCGCUACUUCUAAUGAUGCAUAAUCCGGAUAAGGCAAAGGCGGUGCAAGACGAAUUGGACGCGGUGGUAGGAAGAAAGAGACUGCCUACAUUCGCGGAUCGUCCCAAGCUUCCGAUCACCCAGGCGACCAUUGAAGAGGUUCUACGCAGAAUCAGUGUUGUACCGCUUGGAACCACACACGCCACCACACGAAAUGUCAUUGUAAACGGCUACACAAUACCGGCUGGUACUGAAGUUGUACCUCUAUUAUACGCGGUAAACAUGGAUUCGAAAAACUGGGAAAACCCGGAAGCUUUCGAACCCUCCCGCUUCCUCAACAAUGGUGAGUUUGAGAACCAGAAGAAGCCCUAUUUGCCGUUCGGGACCGGUAAACGGGAGUGUCUGGGUUUCCAGCUGGCUCGCAUGGAGCUUUUCCUGUACUUCAGCUCGUUGAUGCACAUGUUCGAUCUAAGACCUCCCGAAGGCAAAGAAUUGCCGAGUUUGCGGGAAAACGCCGGCAUCACGAUAUCACCGGAUCCUUUCGAUAUUUGCCUGGUGCACAGAGACAAUCUGAUCGACUUUCUGAACAAUGCCGAGGUUAAUGACGUACCCGUGCGCAACGUCGGCAGCCAUUGAGUCUUCAGCGGGCUCCAGAAUUUACGGGCACGGUAGUUGUUCCUAUUGCCGCAGAAAGAUCCAACAAAACAAGAGAGACUUUGCGACACGGGAUCAUCCAUGUACGCGCGCAUCCGCCGAGGUAGAGUCCCGUAAGAUUGUGUGUUUGCAUGUUAAUUAUCGGAGAACGAUCGAGGGUUGAUUUUAGAGUAGAACAUUUUAUAUUUGGGUUUUAAUACUACAUAUCUUAGACGAAAACAAAUUUUAUAUGAUAUUAUUUCUUUUACAAAAAUAUAUUA